AGGACUCUCUACCACAGAAGUGAUGUCUUAGAGACAGUGGUGCUUGUCAACCCUUCAGAGGACACUGUUGUAUCAGAGAUCCAGUCUCUAGUCACAGACUCAGCAGGACACAAGCUUCUGGUCUUAAGUGGCCAGAGCUCAGAUCACGGUGGCCUUCUCCUUCAAACUGGGGUUUUCACCUACCAGAACAUUUCCCACGUUUUUACUGAUCCUGGGGUCAGUGCGUUACUGGGCACAACAGCCCCCAAGCAGCAGGCUACACUCACUGUGUCCUGCCGCGGGGAGGUGGGCUGGAGCUCCCUAGGACAGCAGCAGACCCUACGGGAGUUCCUGGACUACAAACUAAACCCUCAACCUCUUCUCUGCAAGAUGGAGGGCAUCACCGAGUUCACAGAGUAUGUCUCUGAAACGGUCGAUGUGCCUUCACCUUUUGACCUCUUGGAGCCACCCACCUCUGGGGGCUUCCUGAAACUGUCCAAGCCAUGCUGCUACAUCUUUCCUGGCGGACGAGGAGACUCUGCUCUCUUUGCUGUGAAUGGCUUCAACAUCUUAGUGGAUGGAGGCUCUGAACGAAAAUCCUGCUUCUGGAAGCUUGUUCGUCACUUGGACCGCAUCGACUCAAUUCUACUGACACACAUCGGGGCUGACAAUCUCCCAGGUAUCAAUGGGCUUCUUCAGAGGAAGAUAGCAGAACAGGAAGAGGAGCAGUCCCAAGGCUCCACCAACUACAGUGACUGGAUGAAGAACCUGAUCUCGCCUGAACUAGGCGUGGUCUUCAUCAAUGUACCAGAGAAGCUUCGUAUGCCAGAAUCUAAUCUCAAAGUAAAACGCAGCAUCGAAGAGGCAUCACUAACUCUGCAGUACCUUAGCAAGCUAGGAAUCAAACCCGAACCUCUCUUUCGAGUGGUGAGCAACACUAUCGAGCCCAUUACUCUGUUCCACAAAAUGGGUGUUGGCAGGUUAGACAUGUAUAUUCUAAACCCUGUCAAAGACAGUAAAGAGAUGCAGUUUCUAAUGCAGAAGUGGGCUGGCAACAGCAAGGCCAAAACUGGUAUUGUGCUGCCCAACGGGAAAGAGGGAGAAAUAUCUGUUCCCUACCUGACAUCGAUUACAGCCUUAGUCGUCUGGCUCCCUGCCAACCCUGCAGAAAAGAUUGUCCGAGUGCUGUUCCCUGGAAAUGCACCACAAAACAAGAUCCUGGAGGGGCUAGAGAAAUUAAAGCACCUUGACUUCUUGCGCUACCCUGUAGCCACGCAAAAGGACAUUGCCUCAGGAGCUCCUCCCUCUGUUAAACAAACCAAGUUAAAACAAAGAACAGACAGCAAGGAGAGUCUUAAAUCCUCCCCGAAAACCACUGCAAAGGUUACAAAGAAAGAAACUGAAGGACAAGAUGUUGUGCCAGCAGCCACAGAGGUAAAGAGCGAUUCUGUGAAGGAAACUAUAUUAGAGAAAAAAGAAGAGAAAAAGCCAACUAAAACUAUAAAAUCUAAAGCUGAUGUUCCAGAAAAGAAGAAACUCUUGAAAGAAAAAUCCUUAAAAAAGCACUCAAAAGAAAGGGUGUCAAAAAUGGAUGAGAAAAAGGACAAGGAAAAGAAAGAGAUAAAGAAAAUAAAGAAAGAUGAAUCUGCUAAAAAAGAUGAGAAGAGGGAUUUUAAAUCCAAAGAGGACAAAAAGAAGGACACAUCCAAACCUGAGCUGAGAAAAAUUACAAAGCCUGACCUAAAACCACUGACACCAGAAGUAAGAAAGACAUUACAUAAAGCUAAGGUUUCGACUAAAGCCAAAACUGGGAAAGUUAAAACAGCAAAGUCUGAACCUGCUGAACCCAAACCAGAGGAGCCGAAACCUGCAACAAUCCAACCUGAACCUAAAGAAAAUGGAGCUGCUGAGGGCCUGUCUGCUCCCUCCACACCCGAAGACCUCACCAAGGAUUACGAAGAAUUAAAAAAAGCUGAGGUUGUACUUGUGGCAGCAGAACCACCAGAGAGUCCUGAAGUUUCAUCUGAGCCAACAGCACAAGAGAAGCAGGAAGCACAAGAAAAUGUAUCUGAGAUUUCAGCUGGCACAAAGUCUCCUGAAAAGGAGGCAACAGCCCCUGAAAUUGAGGACAAAGACAAGGUGUCUACACAAGAAAGUGAAUUAGAGGAAGCUCAAAAGUUUGAGGAUGAGGGCGCAGCAUCUCAGGAUGAGGAAGAGGAAGAGGAGGAAGAAGAGGCCCCACCUGCCAAAAAGAAAACAGAGGAGGAGGAGGAGGAAGAGGAUAUGGGAAUAGGGGAAGAGGAGGAUGAAUCCAAAUGGAAAGAGGCAAAGGAUGAUGAGCUUGACAGGAAACAUGAGAUUGAAGAAAUGGAGAAAUCAGAAACUCUCUUAGCUAAGGUUGUGACAAGAGAGGAGCUGGCGAUGACUUCACCCAAGGAGGAGGAAGAGGAGGAGGCUGGAGAGAAAGCUGAACUGGAGGAGGUGGAAGAUUUAGAUGUCAUAGCAGAUGAAGAGAUCAAAGUGAAACCUGAAGAUGCUGUUGAAGAACAAAUGGUCACUCAAAGCAAAACUGCUGAACCCUCAACUACAGCUAAAUAUGAGGAAGAAGAGGAGGAGGAAGGCUACUUGUCUCAUGUUGGAGGGGCCACAGCUCCCAUUACCUCAGUAGCUCAAGGGGCUGCUGCUGCUGCUGAACCCAUGUCCUACAUCCAAGAUGAAACCAUCCCUGGCUACUCUGAGACAGAGCAGACCAUCUCUGAUGAGGAGAUUCACGAAGAGGCAGAGGAGAGGAUACCACACCUCCAAUAUGAUGUAGGUGCCUACGACAUCUCUGUUCCAGAUCAGACUGAAUCAUUUGUAAACAUUCAUGGCAUGAGGGAGAUGCAAGCUGCAGCUAUGGGUGAAAAAGGGUUUAUCCCAGCUGUGCAGGAGCAAGUUUCUGUGUUCACAAACAUCAUGACCGCUCCUUUGGCCGAAGAAGAGCAUGUGUCCUCUGCAACGUCCAUCACAGAGUAUGACAAAAUGUCCUCCUUCCCUACCUCCAUUGCUGAAGAUCAAUCUGUGGCAUCUGUCGCAGCACCUCAGGCUGAGGAACCAUCCAAAACAUCUUUUCCCCUGUCAAGCCCGAUUGAUGCUACUCAAGGCAAAGAGCAGCCACUCUCUGCAGGAACUCUUUCACCACCUUCUUUGGAAGAUGACAAACAAUCCAGGUCUCCAUCUGAUGACGCACUGACACCUGCUGCAGAAGCGAAGACGCUGGAUAAAGCUCCUGAUGCCCAUCAUGCACAGGAAAAGGAGGAAGAUGAGGAAGAAGAUGAGGAGGAUGAAGAAGACCAAACUCCUAAUGUUGAUAUUUCACUUGAAAAACUCCAAGAGGGCUAUGCUUCAUCCGAAAUAUUGCAGGACAAAGAGAGAGACAUUGAAAAGCUGACUGGUUCAGUGUCUCCUGUUUCAGAAUCUACACAAUACAUCAAACCAGUCCACCUGCCAGUCGAAGAGGAAAAUAUAGAUGCAGUUUUACAGAAAGAUAUUUCAUCUGUUGUUCCUACCAGACCUUUUGGAUCUGACUCAGUAACUUCUGAGAGCGAGGAGCGUUGCUUUAGUCCCGAUGAUAUAACUGUAAAAAUGGCCUCACCUCCACAGUCUGGUCCAUCAAGUGCAGCUCCCUCUCCAAUCCGUCAGUCCCCAGUGGAAGACAAGGUAAAGGUUUUCCCUGGUUUAGAGUUGCAAAAGCCAGAAGAGCUCCCAGACGUUGUCACUGCAACGGAAGACAAAAAUAAAAAGAAAGCUGAAUCAGAAACCAACACACAAACAGCUGCUGACAAACAGCUGGUAGAUCAGCAUGAAGUACAAGCUGCAACAUCCUUGGACAACAUAUUUGACAAGGACCUUAAAAAGGUUCCAGAGAUAAAGGAGCCAGAAAAAGACACAUCACCAGUGCAAAAAGAUGAAGGCAAACAGACAGAAACAAUCCCCACUGUUGCUGCAUCUUUAACAGACACUCAGCCUCCAGUGUCAGAGAGAGACUCCUUCAUCUCAUCUGAACAACAUGAUAAAGAUGGUGGUGUUGGACUCAAAGACAAAGAAUCUAAAGUGCCUGGCUCAGGUAAAUUGCCAGAGGGGGACAGUCGCUUCUUAGGUGAUGAUGACGAUGAUGAUGAUGAUGAUCACGAUGACCACGAUGAUAAAUCUGCAGUUAAAACCAUCAGGGUGGAACAUGAGAAAGAAAAGGAUGAUACCUCUGAUGUCAAACAAUUCAAGGAUAAUGAGAAACAAACAUCUAUCAUUAAAGAAGAUGUUUCCGUCACUAAGUCUUUCAUGGAUGAAAAAGCAGAGAGAGAGGCAGUAACGGCCGACACAUCUGAUAUUAAAAGUGUCAAAGAGGAGCAAACUGCAAAGGACACUGCCACCACUGAUAAACCCAUUAAAGAUGAGCCUCAACAAGACCAUAUUCCUGAAGUCAAAACUUGUAAAGCAGCAGAGAUGAAAAUUGUUGCUUCUGAGGUGGAACAAGUUAAGGAUGAGCAGAAGCAAAAAGAUGCAAAACAAGAUGAUGGUUUUGACUUCAAACCCAAAGGUGAUGUUAAGGACACAGAUGUUAAAGAGGACGAUGUGUCUGAUAGUAAUAUUUUGAAAGAAGAGGUAAAGAAAGAGGUAGAUACAUUUGAUAUUAGCUCUAUAAAGGCUGAAGAAAAACAGAUGGAAAAGGCAGAUGCCACAGAUAUAAAGGAGAAAGAGGCAAAGAGGGAUGAUGUGCCCGUUAUUGAGCCUAAAGAUGAGGAGAAGAAAAAGGAGACAGAAACAUCUGACAUCAAGUUGGAUGAAGAUAAGAAACAGGAGAAAGAUAAGGAAAACAUUGAUUUUUCUAUCACCAAGCCCUUUACAGAUGAGCAGAAGGAAAGUGAGAAAGAUAUGCAUGACAUCACUGCUCCUAAACUUACCAAAGAAGAAAUCAUUGUUAAGGAUGGCACAUCUGCUGUUAUCAUGAAAGAAGAAAAGGAGCAAGACAUUUGUAAAGAUGCUAUUUCAACUGUUAGCCUCACCAAGGUCGAGGAAAAGGAUGUGACAGUGAGUAAAGAUGAGAUUCUGGUUGCCAAGCCAACCACAGAGCAUGAAAAAGAGAAAGAGACAAGCAAAGAUGAUAAAGUUGAUACUGCGGCUAUAAAAGUUACAGAAGAAGAGGAAAAAAUUAAAAUGUUAAGCAAGGAAGAUGUAUCUGCUGGUAAACCAACACUUGGGGAGGAAAGUAAAGAUGAUACUGCUGGCAUCACACUUACCAAGAUGGAGGAAGAGAAGUUAUGUAAAGCUGAUGAUGAAUUAUCUGCCACAUCAACCAAGGUAGAAGCAAAGGAAACAGUUGAUGAUGCUGUCAAACCAAUCACAGGAGAAAAGGAGCAAGAGACAAUUAAAGAUAAAGAUGUCACUGAUGUCAAACUCGCUACAAUGGAGGAAGAAGAUGUAAUCAUUUCCACUGUCAAAACAUCUGAGGACAAAACAAGCAAAAAGGCUGAAAUUGUUGCUGCUGAACCCACCUCACAAGACAAAAAAGAGAAAGACAUUUGUCCUGGCAAAGAAGCAGAAGAAGAAAAAGAGAAAGACAUUUGCCCUGGCAAAACAGCAGAGGAAGAAAAAGAGAAAGACAUUUGUCCUGGCAAAAAAGCAGACGAAGAAAAAGAGAAAGACAUUUGUCCUGGCAAAACAGCAGACGAAGAAAAAGAGAAAGACAUUUGUCCUGGCAAAACAGCAGAGGAAGAAAAAGAGAAAGACAUUUGCCCUGGCAAAACAGCAGAUGAAGAAAAAGAGAAAGACAUUUGUCCUGGCAAAACAGCAGAMGAAGAAAAAGAGAAAGACAUUUGUCCUGGCAAAACAGCAGAGGAAGAAAAAGAGAAAGCAGUGGAUAAGGAGAAAACCUCUGAGCAAGGAGCAGUGACAAUUCAGAAACGUGCAUUACCAAUUAAGGAAGAGAUCAAACCAUCCAUGGAGGGAGAGGGCAAAGACAGUGCUGGUGUAACACCCCCCACAGAUGAGGAGAAGAAGACUGAGGUGAGAGAAGAUAUGUCAGAUGUAAAACUUAUCAAGGAAGAGGUGAAAGAGAUACCAAAAGACGAAACCAAGGUGCAAGAAGUAGAAAAAGAGAAAGAAAAGAGCAGUGUAUCUGAUUUGGUAUCCAUUAAAGAGCAGAAGGAAAAGGAUAUUGUUGAUAAAAAAGAGAUGGAAAAAAGUGACAUUCCUGAUAAACAAAUGAUAACAGAGGAGGCUAAAGCGCAGGGUGACGUCUCUGACCACAAACCCAUUUUGGACGAAUUCAAGCAUGAGGAAUCUGAAAAGGACAUUGAGAAAGAGUCCACUGCUGAGCAGCCAAAGGAUGUGAAGGAGAAAGAAUCGUCUAAGGUUGAAACCAUCGAAGAAAUAAAAGAUGCAGUCAAACAGGACAGUCAUGAAGCAGAAUCCAGCAAACAGGAGACAGAACAGGAGAUGUAUACUUUAACAUUUAGUGCCAAAGAUGAUAAAAAAGGGAAACAUGAUGAUCUUUUUGAGUCAGAGCCCAAGAGGGAUGAUACAAAAGAGGUAGAUAAGACCUUGGAAGAUGAAAAGACUAAAAAGGAUGAUAUUUGUGACAUGAGUGAAAAGCAAAUAUACCAAGACAUUUCUGAUAAGAUUCCUGGAGCUCAGGCAGAAAAUGACACUUUUGGUCCUGCACCAACAGAAAUGCAACAAGACCCUUCUGUAACCCAAUCAAGGGAAGAGCUCAAACCAGUGACAGAUUACAUUUCUGUGACUCCCCAUUACAUACAGGAGGAAAAAAUAGAAAAACAUAAAGAAGCAGAGGUCAUUAUUAGUCAAGAAGAGAAGAUAGAGAAAGAAAAAGAUGACACGCAUGUUGCUGAACUGAGCAAAGAACAGAAAAUGGAAAAAGAGCAAGAGAAAGAUUAUAGUUAUGAGACUGAAGACAAUAAAGAUGAAAAGACCAAACCAGCAGAAGAAGAAAAAAUGAUUAAAGAAAAAUAUGUUGCUGACACAAAAAUGGAUGAGAUCACAGAAAAGGAAAAGCUUGAUUCACCUGAUGCAGAUCAGACCAAAGAGGAGAAAUGGGAAAGAGAGGAAUUACAGGAGAAAGACAAGGACAAAACCAUUAAACAACCUGCACAAACAGUAUCAGGGGACACAGAGACAUCCAAGUCAGAUUUAAAGCCUAUGUUUGUGGUUCAGUCCUCUGAUGAAGACAGAGAAGACGAAGAGGAGGAGGAUAUCUGUAUGGGAGGAGCUGGCUCCAGACCUUUGUCGGUGGAGCCGAUGAAAUCAGACCAUGACAUCUCUUCUGCAGGUCUGCCUUACGAGACUGCACCGACAAGUGACCAAACUAAACCACAACCAUCACAACAGAUCCCAGUGGUCAUUCCUACUCUCACAAUGCAGGAGCCCUCUAUUGAUGAAGACAUCAAAGAGUCUGACAAAGAAGAAUCCAGAUUUUUACCUGAGGCAGACAAAGAUGCUGUGAAAACAGAAAUCACACCUGAGCCUCUCGCUAAGCCUGAGUCUUCAUUUGAGAGUGACACAAAGGAGGAGACGACCGUCAUUCCAAAACAAGAACCAGUUUCUCAUGUCCCAGCUGCCAAGGCACAACCAGUGUUAGAAUUGACUGAGAAAAAGCCUACGCUGUCAACAGUAUCAAGCACAGACAGUCAACCCAGGAGCUGUACACUUUUGUGCACUGAGAGCCAGUCCAGUGUAGAAGAAAUACAUGAACGAGAGAAACCAAUACCAUCUCAGGUGAGUCCAGGAGUUGAAGCUACAGAAAAGACAAGUCAACCUGAGAAACCAGGGAAGGAAGCAGAAAGGGAGAUGGAAGGAGAACGAGAGGUGGCUUCUCCAGGAUUUUCACGGCCUUGUGCGUAUUUUAUGUUGGACAAAGAGGAGGCUGAGGAUGCUGGACACACUGAUGCUGUAAAACUAGACACUACAAAAAUGGAGAGUGGCCAAAAACCAACCUCUGAGAAGGAGAUAGGCAGUGGAAGCCUACAAGACGAAGAACAAACCUUUGGUGCAUCCAAGUAUGAUCCAUAUGAAAAGCCCAUCCCAAAAGAUCAUGACCUGGACUCUAGAGAAGAGAGUGAAGUUUCUUUAGGUUUUGAUCACACCUCAGAUAUCGAUAUUGAUGAUAACAGAAGAACAAGCCAGGCAGAGGCUGGAGGAGCCAUGUUUCUGCUUGAUGAUCAGUACAAAGAAGAGCCUCUGUCCUUUAGCAGAGUUGACUACAGCCCGGUGUCCCUCACAGAGAGUGAAAGGAGCAGUCACCAUAGUCCAAGCACCUCCCCGAAAUAUGAAGACAGAGAGAAAGGCCAAGAGGAGGAGAGUGAGAGAGAGGAAAGACCAGAUACUCCUUAUGUUGACAAGAGCUUUUCAACCAUAGACCUACACGACAACAAAAUGUCCCAAGCUGCUGAGUCUUAUUCUUUCACUCCCAAAGAGGACAAACCAGAGAAAUCUGAGAAAGAGAAAGAGGAAGGUGCUGUAGCAGCAAUUCAACCUGGGGCAACAGGAGAAAGUGCAGCUACAGCCUCACAAUCGGCAGGCUUACCAUCAAGGCAAGAAGUACCCUCUCCUUCAUUGAAGGAAUCAGAUCUUGGUACUCAAGCUUUAGCUCCUCCUGUAGCCUUUGGAGAACUCACAGAGAGGGAAAAAUCAGCUGAGUCACUGAAAGUGAAAAUCAUGUCCUCUGAUCAUGAAAGAGAAGGCUCGCCAUCAGGUCGGCACUCACCAGCAGAAAAAGACAUUUUACCUCAACUCUCACCUUUGGAGAAGGUGGAAACAUCAACUGACUCAAGGGCUGCCCCUGCUACCACGUUUGGAAUAGAUGAUAACGUUCUUGCCUCUGAUAACAGUCAAAUUAGCAGUUCUGCCACUUGUAGAUCCACGUUAGACUUUCCUGAGGGAAAGCAGAGCCUAAUAGAUAAACGGCUACUUGUAGAGGGAGAAGAUUUUGAUGAUGAUGAGGAGGAUGAAGAUGAAGAUGAGGAGGAAGAAGAGGAAGAGGAGUUAAGUGAUGUUGAUAUGGAAAAGGGUGCAAGAGAGCAGUCUGAAAAAGAAACAUGCAGAUGCAGUCCUGAUGGUAGUGCUAAAUUAGCAGAAACAGAAGACUCAAAUAAAAAAUCUCAGUUCCUUGAAUCAAGCUCCCUUAAAGAGGAAACCGUGUGUAAGCCAACACCUGAUGGUGCCUCAGCUUCUAAAGUCAUAGAGACAGACAAGCAGGAUGUAAGUGAAAAACCACCAUCUCCUGAAACGAAACCAGUCAAAGAAGAGGAUAGAUCUGUUGAUACAGCUACAUCCAAACCUCCAGAGACAAAGAGUGAAGAUGCAGCCAAAACAACUCCAUCACAGGGCCCCGGUGCUCAUGAAAUGGAUGAAAUUAGUUUUGCUACAUCUGAUGCCUCAAAACCUCCUGAAACAAAGAAAGCAGAGGACCCAGACAAAAAGCAUCUAUCCCCCGAACCAAUCACGAAGAGAAGGUUGUCAUCGUCAGAGGACAUAACCUUCUCUGAAGCACUCAAGCCUUCAUCUCCAAGCUUUUUGUCAAUGGAAACUUGUCAAUCAAAGUCCCCAAGCAGCUCGACAGGCAUCUCUUUGCAAACUGAUCAUUCAGAGUCCAAGCCUACAUCUAGUCCCUCCCCUCCACUAACAAGCAGUUAUGCUGAUAUCGGACAGAGCAGAUCUGAAGGUUAUUCCGAGUAUUUGUACAGUGAGCAGAGUCAAGCAGUACAGAAAGACGACAAGACAGACAUGCUCUCAGAUGCCUCCAAGCUAUCCAAUCUAGGUGAUGAUAAAUAUAUCAACCAAAGAGACAUACAAGAAGAAAGUUUAGAUGAAAGGCAGACCUCAGAUAUCACCGCAAAACAUGAGGAAACUACCUCAUCAGCUUGCACAUACAGCACAUUAACAUACUCUACCACAACAUACUCUUCCACGUCAUAUAGUUACUCAUCCUCAGCGUCAACUACUGCCCCUGUUAGCAAACAGCUUGGAGAAAAAGUUGAAACUUUCACUACAAUAUCGGACUCUAAAGUACCUCUACUUAAAGAGGAGCCAUCCUUGACGAAAGCAUCCACAAGCUCCUGCUUUGGAGGAUUUCAGAGAGAUGAGUACAUGGAGGUGACAAUGAAACCUACAACAAAAGUGUCUUUACUCAGUCAGGUUGAAGAGACCACACCAUCAUCUCCGGUCCAGGCUGCCACUGCCAAACAGACUGAGGGUAUUAUCGAGUCUGCAAAGCCUGAAAGUCAAGUCACAAAGUCAAAUACUGAUAGUUUUUAUACACUUGAAACAAAGAUUACAACAUCCACAACAGCACCAUCUCUACAGUGUGAUGAACCAAUGAAGAUGUCAGAGAGCUUAUCCACAUCAGAGGCUCGCUUUGAUUGCUCUCCCCUCCAAAGGGCUGACUCCUCUGACAAGGGGUCCCAAGGGUCACCAGAAGAUGAGGAGCCUGAUACACUUGAAAUGGAGGACAGCACCCUACCAUGUCGUAUUGAAUGUCAAAAAAUCAAAGUGGCUGAGCAAAAAGAGACUUUGUCAUGCGUGGUAGAAAGCACCACACACUCCACAGAGACGAAGACUGUCACAAUCACCUCUACGACUGUAGUGUCUAAACCUGACGUGGUGUCGCAAACAACCCAUCAGACAGCCUCUGUAACUCCACUGAGUGAUAGUGGAGCCAGCAAAACCUCAUGUGCCAUAACAGAAGUGUUCAAAACAGAAAAGGAUGAAGAAAAAAAUGAGGAAAAAUCUGAGUCAAAAGAAGAAAAGACAGAUGGAGCUAUUACAUCUUUGAAGGAGGAUGCAAAGGUGGACGUAGGAGAAACAAGUGAUCCAAAGACUGAGCUGAAAAAAGAGGAAAAGAAACUAGAAGAAAAGACAUCUACAGACAGCACAGAAGAGAAGAAUGCUACAGCUGAUCCAAUGAUGUGUGAAAAAGCAGUUGUUGGGGAGAAAAGAGAGGCAGAAAGAGGAGAAGAGAGAAGCCUCUUGGAUAAGCCACCAGAGAGAUUAGAAAUCAGAAGAAAGAGUAGUAUAUCUGAUUGGGAGCUACUACAGAGGCCCGAUGACUGCCCAAGUGCCCCUCCUCCAGGGUAUGGUGAUGAGGAGGAGGAAGAGGAGUCAAAGGAAGAGUGGAUGGCCAGUGCCAGCAGUACCUCCGUCUCCCCUUCAAAGGAUUCUCAUUACAUAGAACCAUCAAGUGAAGGAGCUGUUAAGACUGAUCGUCCCUCUGACUUGAACACCGGUGCCACCUCCUUCUCUGCCUCCCCUCCAGGUUAUAAACAUCGCAAAGGAGAACUCUCUCCAUCGUUCAUCAACCCCAGUCCUCAUCAGCUUUCCAGUGACGAGGGUGAGGAGGAUGGUUGCAGUGACCACUUCCAAGAUGGGGACGAGGAUGAUCAAGAGCAGCACUCUGUGAAAAGGAGGUCGAACAAGCAGAGGCACCACCACACUCAGAGUUACCCUGGGGACACUGUUCCGGGGCCUAAUCUUUCUGGGGCCAUGUCAUCUGGUUUGGCUGUGACAUUAGCUGGAGAGGAAACGCCUCCCACAUCAGUGAGCGAAUCACUGUCAUCACAGUCGGACUCGGACGUCCCUCCAGAAACUGAGGAGUGUCCAUCCAUAACAGCUGAAGGAAAUCUGGACUCAGACGAAGAUGCUGAACAUCUGCCUGUGGACAAAUUAUCGGCAUCCGGAGCUGGAGGAAGCCACCAUCCCCCAUCACCGAGAUCUGCUCAGAGGAGUAAUGACCCCCUCCCCACUCCAAUGAAGGACCCUCUUCCUCAUCCUCCCCACCCAGAUGUGUGCAUGGUGGAUCCAGAUGCUCUUCUCAAUGACCACAGCAGCACAGAGAAGCUUCUCAAGAAGGAGCACAAGACCACCAAGGGCCUCAGAAAGGGUAAAGCCAAGUCAGCUUCUCCUGCUCGUAAGGGAGAAGUCAGGAAGCGGUCUUCUACUCCAGUGAAGCAGGCUAAGGACUCUGCGUCACCACGAUCAGCCUCCCUCAGGAGGAAGGACACGGACCGAAGCUCCAGGCUGAUCAAGAUGUCUGAGAGUCAAGGCUCCAAUCCAGGCCUAAAUCCAGGGAAAGGCUUGGUCAAUGGUGUCAAGAGCAGUCCAGGCAACAACUCACAGAAAACAGGUUCAGGCGUCCCCCCUGGACCACCUGUCUAUGUUGAUCUGGCCUACGUGCCCAACCACUGCAGUGGGAAGAACGUGGACCAGGAAUUCUUCAAGAGAGUUCGGGCUGCUUACUAUGUGGUGAGCGGAAACGACCCGGGCAGUGGAGAGCCAAGUCGUGGAGUCCUCGACGCCUUGCUGGAGGGCAAGGCUCAGUGGGGCUCCAAUUUACAGGUGACUCUGAUCCCAACCCACGACACGGAGGUCACCCGGGAGUGGUACCAGCAGACCCAUGAGAGGCAGCAGGACCUGAACAUCAUGGUUCUGGCCUCCAGCAGCACCGUAGUCAUGCAGGACGAGUCCUUCCCCGCCUGCAAGAUCGAAUUCUGAGCUUCAUGAGCCCUGCUCUGUACGCUCGUACUUUGUUUGUUUUCGUCAGUGAGUUGAAUGCCUGCCCUAACACAAGUCUCAAACUAGCAAGAGUUGUAGUAAAAAAGUAAAAUCAUCCAGGAAAUAAUCACUAGACAGCUUUCUUUGCCUCAUAUAUUACAGAUAAAUGGACAUCAUCAUCAUCCCACAAAUAUAUAAUACCAGAGUUAAUCUAUAGAUAAGUAAGAUGCAACUCUUACACUUGUGGCUUAAGUCACAAUUAACUAAGAAAUUCAAUGUUUCCGAUGUGGCAAAUCUCCUAUGAAAAGGGCCAAAACAUGAGUCCUUACUGAUUAACUCACCAAAAUAUUUCCUAAAUUAUCUCAAGCCAUCAAUAGUUACUUUAGAUUGUAUGCACAGACUAAAGUUUUUCAGUUUGAUUUCUAUCCGUUCACAUGAUAAAACUCAUCUUUUGCUCUUCUGCUCGCACUAAACUAGUGUUUGGAUAAACUCAAUAAUAACAAAAAUCGAUGUUAUGUUAAAAAAAAAGAAAGAAAAAAACUGAAAUGUUCCUUCUUGUGAUUUGUGCUGAAGUUUUAGAAGGUGCCUGAAGUUGCCACCCUUUGAAAUGUUUCUUCUCGGCUUUCACAGCUUCGCUGGUGCAUGUUGCUUGCGUUUUAGCUCGGAGUCUUUCAGAGAGACAUGCUGUGGGUUAAUGUUUCAUUUAGCCAGAGCUAAAGCGUGGACUGCAGUAUAGCGUAGAAAGGCUACUUCACUGUUUGGCCGUCUAUGCUUAUGUGAAUCCAAUAGGCAGAAGGCAAGAGGACAAUGUUUUUACACUGUUCAUAUCUCUGCUUCUUUAUCAUGGUCUUUGUUGGUUGUAUGUACUCCAGUAUACAUAUAGGGUAAAUGUUUCUAUAUCAAUACAGAGGUUAUUUAUUUUGUGAUGAUGAAGCAAAUUAUGAGCCUGAGAUGAAUGCAGGGUCUUGGAUCGUGCAUUUGAUAAAUUCUAAUGAAUAUUUCCUUCAUUUCCUCCUGUUCAACUACAUUUUCUUGUCUCUGUCAAAAUCACAAAGCGAUGGAAAAAACAAGCAGUGACCUGUGACAAAUGUAGCAAAGAAAGCUUCUCUGUCCAUCCCUUUAGAUGGAACAAUGCUAGGACCUGCAAUAUCUGUGUGUAGUGUUUAUUUUUCAGAGGAAAAUCUGUGUUCAAUAUGUUACAGGAGGCUUCUUUCAUGUGCCUUUAGCUUGUGGUUUUGGAGGGAGCAGAAUAUUUCAAGGACAUUUGGAAGCAGACGCAGAAACCAGGGUAUAUCAAGUACAGGACUUUUAAACAGAGGACCAAUCAAGUCAUAUAGUACAAAUACAAACUGUAUCCACAUCCGGGAUAGUAAAUGGUUUGUGCUGUAUAAUCCAAUUCUUAACUCCACAUCCUGAAAUGCCAUUUUGGAAAAUUUCCAAACCAACAUGAAUGUCAAGCAACGUAUUGCACCAAAUAGGAACGCAGUUUUCUGAGGAGGGAGGGUUUAGACUUCAGAGGUUUGUUUAUAGUUGAAGCACAGAGAGUUAGUGUAGCAGCAGAAAUUAACUUUUUAAUGUAAUAUGACAUAAUGUACGAGUCGUUCCUCCAAACUGAGCUUGCUGUUCUUGCAGGACGACGUCCCUAAUACAAAGCGAUUAAUCCCAGAGUAAUAUUUAUAGAACAAGCAUGAAUGUGAUGAUUAUGAUUGUACUGGAUAUGAAGUAGGAAUGUUGUAGAAAUAGUUUUGCGCGUGUGAGAGUAUACGACGCACUUAGAGUCAAAUGUUUUUAUAAGAGCAGCACGGUUCGUUUUCUGUAGGUUGUGUUGGGAGUGAGUUUCUUCUGUGGGUUCAGUGUGAAAGGUCUUUCUGCUUGUUCACAGCCAAAUUAGCUCACAUUACAUUUACAUGAAUUUUAGAUUUACAUUUUCAAAACAUUUAGCCCAUGAUUUCAUUUUCUGAGGCUCGAGGAGGGGCCAGGCUGGGUGAGGCAGGGCAGGCUUGGAUUUCCAGACAGGACUUUGUUGGAGCUGUUGACGACAGCUCGUCAGGAUGUUACCAACUAAAAGCAGAGAGGAUCCUCUGCUGCACAGUUUAACUUCACCCAGUUCUCUGACUCGAGAUAUGGAAGAACUUUAUUUAGAAGGGUUGAGCAUCUUGUUAACUUGUACAAGCCUGCAUGGGAUCAGUGCCAAUUUCUUUUUGCUGUAAAACUCACAAUACAAGCACUACUUUUUUUUAUACCUCAUCUUCCAAAGCCUCCAGCUCUUUGCUCUGCCUGGCCUACACCUUUUCUUUCAAAUCAUUUUGCUUUUAGUAUAAUACCUCACCAUUAUGCACUGUGCAAGCCUUGAUAUGCAUCUCAUUCUUUGUGAUCUUUCAGAGGCAGAUAUAGCUUGUUCAUUUUAGCCAUAGUUCAGCUGGGUACUCAAAACUACACACAUAUCUUACGGCACGGUCACACAUACACCAACGUGGGCAAACAUCGUGGGUCAAAGUAAACCAAAGCAGUGAAUUCGCUUCGCUACAGGCAGCCAAUGUUUUAUGCGUCUCCUUGGAAGGAAAGUGAACAGGAGGCGAAGUUUUACCACUGCCACAUUCAUGUAUGUUUGACCGUGUCCUUUGUCUGGAGGGAGGUAAUUAGCGAAAGGGCACACAUGAUGUUCACCCAGUGAAAGUUCAAAAUCUCUCUCUGUUACUUCACACCCAAAUGUUUGUGAAACGAUCAAGCAAAAAGUCCUUUCAACCCCUUUAUUCGCUGCUAAAUGGAAACGUAUCCAAAAACAGGGAGAAGCUUUUUGACGUGUGGGUCAGAUGUUGUGGACACUGAUGCGUCGUAAUGUCUUUCAGUGAUGUUUUUAAGUUGGCAGAUUCCAAAUACUUGGUCUUGAGAUGCUCAAUGCUGUGAAUCACUUAGUACUGAAGUGUAAAACUAUACAGAAGCUGAAUGCACUAUACAGGAGAUAUAUUUUUCUGAAUGUAGAGUUGGUACUAUCUAAUGAAUGCUGCGGGAUCAAAACAAUAGACAAAAAUAAAUAAAAACAAAAAAAUAAAAUACUCACACUUACUUAGACAGAAACCAAUUUCAAAGGGAGCACAAAGGGGGGGGAGAUACUAUACUAUUCUGUUUUGGCAAAUUGUCAUUUCAGUUAUAGUUUUGCUCCAAAGUAGGAGAAAAUGGUUUUUCAACAGAGAUCCCAUAACAAACUUAUAUGAACAAUAACACUGCAGCUGAAACUUUUCCUUUUCCUGAAUAUGACUUGAAACACAUGCAGAUUCAAAAACUAUCAAUAAAAUCAGACAAAUGUACACUGAUGUACUGUGCAUAGAAGAGUACACAAGACGCUCUGGAAAGAACACAUGAAAGAUAUAACAACUAUCCAUCUUGUGAAACUUGUUCAUUUUAGCUGACUUUAGUGACAGUAUACAAUCAACACUGCUAACUGUUCUAUAAACCAAGGAAUAUAUUCCAAACGCUGACAAGAUACAGAAUGAAAAAAAUGUGCAUCUUUCUGUUUAAUGUCAUGAAGAUAUCAUUUGAUCACAAUAUGGUGUCAUCCGUCCAUCUAAUCUUUCUGCAUGUGAUUUAUUUAGUUAUAAUCCUGAAUGUAAUUGUUUAACAUGGAAAUAAUAACAAAAAAUAUGAUGCUAUUUUAAAGAGGUAUAUUUGAAAAAAGCUAAUUGUCUUAACUGGUACUGAAAUUACUUACAGUAAUAUAUUACUGGGCUGUGCUUUCUUUGUUUGCCCUAUAAACAUGUUGCUAAGAAGAUGCUGUAUUGGUAGUUCUGUUUUAUUCUCUCUAUCUCUCUCUCUUUUCUUUUGCAUUGUAUUAAUCUUAGUUAUGUUUUUCUUCCUCAGCGCAAUAUUCAAUAUCUCUCUGUCUCUUUAAAUCUAACUGGUUAAACUAGAACUACUGCAGAUUCAUUGUAAAAGGGAAACAGCCUGGUGAUCAUUAA